GAAGGGAGCAGCACAAAUAUCACACAGCCAGGCACCAUGCAGGGGGAACCCUCCCCUCAUCCCUGAGUACUGAAAUUUCAGGACUGGAGCCUGAGUGUGUCAUAUCAGAUAGUGUCAGACUGCAUCCAGAAGGGGGGAUGAUAAGAGCUUCCUGAAAGUAGCCUUUGAGAAACCCUGUGGAAAAUUUUCCUCUAAUAGCCAUUUUCAAGCAGUGUCAGACAGGGUUGGUUAUUGACCUUCUCAACGGUAUUUCUUCAGACCAAACUCAGUGGUUUUAGCGAAGAGCCAGAAUGGAGUGGUCACUAGAGAGGGUGAGGGAGAUGGUGGCUGGAGGGAUGCAGUCUAUGAGGGACUGUGAGUCCAGUGCCUUUGGCACAGCCAUGUGCCUGCUGCUGCUCUUUGUGUGGUACUGUUACAGGGUAGGUCGUGAGCACAGCUCCUCUCCCCUGCGUGGGGGGUACAGCAAUGAGCCCAGUCGAGUAGGAGGGGGUGGGGGGGCCUUGAUCAGCACAGAGAGAGAUGGCAAGGCUAAAGGCAGGCCAGUGUCAGGGGUGGAGGAGCAGAACGGCUUUGCUUACUGUCAGUCCGCUGAGUCCUUUCGCUGCACCAACACAGGGGACGGUCUCAAUCAGAAGCUGUACCACAGCCUGCAAGAUUACGCCAAACGCUACACCUGGUCGGGCAUGGGCAGGGUACACAAAGGGGUACGAGACCAGGGUCGCUACCUCACCAGCCGGCCCACCAUCCAGAGGCCAGAGGUGUUCUUCCUCCCUGACCUGCCCUCAGCACCCUUCUUCUCCCGGGACGCACAGAAGCACGACGUGGAGCUGCUGGAGAGGAGCUUCCCUGCUCUGCUGGCUGAGUUUGAGAGCAUCUACCACUCCCCCCCAGCAAGGGCUGGCUCCUCCCUUCCUUUGGGCUGGAAGUCCAACAGCACCCCCCAUGGUCAGUGGUGGACCUUCUACUUGUUGAACCAGGGCACUCCGCUGGCCCUCAAUGCCAGGAGGUGCCCCCGGGCCUGGAGGGUGCUGGGUCAGCUGCGCACCUUUAUCGCCAACAACGUGUUUGGAAACGCCUGCUUCUCUGUGCUAACCCCGGGAGCCCUGAUCACUGAGCAUUACGGCCCAACCAACGUCAGGCUGCGCUGCCACCUGGGUCUUAGAGUGCCCUCUUCCUGUGAGCUGGUGGUUGGCGGGGAGCCACAGUGCUGGUCUGAGGGGAGCUGUCUGCUGUUUGAUGACUCCUUCCUCCACAGGGCCUUCCAUGAGGGUGGCCCAGAGGACGGACCCAGGGUUGUCUUCAUGGUGGACCUCUGGCACCCUAAUGUGGCAGCUGCUGAGAGACAGGCUCUGGACUACAUCUUCACCCCUGGGCGCUGA